UCGAUUGUGAGGAGCCGAGCACCCUCCCUCCCCUCUGGAUUCCUUGUAAGUGAAGCUCGCUUGCUCUCUGAGGACCAGACCUCACUGAUGACUGGGAAGCAAAGAGUACCCAGGAAAGCACUUUUACCACGGACCCCACCUCAGGAGCACCAGGAACUUGUCUUCUAAGUAAAAUCUGUGCCCCUUCUGUGCAGAUCCAAUGUCUGCUGCAAUGGAUACAGAAUCGACAUAUUCGGGAUACUCCCACUACUCAGGUCACUCCAAAAAAGCCCACAGACAAGGGAGUCGGGACAGGCACAAAUCGCCGCGAAGCAAAGAUGGCAGUCGGUCUGAGAAGUCCGUCACUAUCCAGACACCUCCUGCAGAGCCGCUGCUUGGGAACGAUGCCUCUCGGGCAGAGGAGGGCCAGGAUGACAAUUGGGGUGAGACCACGACAGCAAUCACAGGCACCUCUGAGCACAGUAUUUCCCAGGAGGACAUUGCCCGGAUCAGUAAGGAUCUGGAGGACAGUGUUGGGUUGGACUGCAAACGUUACCUGGGCUUAACAGUGGCAGCUGUUCUCGGACUCCUCGUCUUCCUUACCCCCAUCGCCUUCAUUCUGUUACCCCAGAUCCUGUGGCGGGAUGAUCUGGAGCCAUGUGGUACUGUCUGUGAGGGACUGUUCAUCUCUGUGGCAUUUAAACUCCUCAUUCUUCUGAUCGGGACCUGGGCUCUGUUUUUCCGUCAGCCUAAAGCAGAUAUACCAAGGGUGUUUGUGUUUCGGGCCCUUCUGUUGGUCCUCAUAUUCCUGUUUGUGUUUUCCUACUGGCUCUUUUACGGCGUUCGCAUCUUGGACUCUAAGGACACCAACUACCAAGGAAUAGUGCAGUACGCAGUGUCUCUGGUGGAUGCUCUGCUCUUCAUUCACUACCUGGCCAUUGUGCUGCUGGAGCUACGGCAGCUGCAGCCCAUGUUCACUGUCAAGGUAGUUCGGUCAACGGACGGAGAGUCACGAUACUACAGCUUGGGGCACUUGAGCAUCCAGCGAGCUGCACUGGUGGUUCUGGAAAAUUACUACAAAGAUUUCACAGUCUACAACCCAGCCUUGUUAACAGCCUCCAAAUCCCGUGCAGCCAAGCACAUGGCUGGCCUGAAAGUCUACAAUGUUGAUGGCCCAGGUAACAAUGCCUCAGGGCAAUCCCGUGCCAUGAUUGCAGCCGCGGCCCGUCGCAGGGACUCCAGUCACAACGAGCUCUACUACGAAGAGGCUGACCAUGAGCGCCGAGUGAAAAAACGCCGUGCGAGACUUGUGGUUGCAGUAGAGGAGGCUUUCACUCACAUCAAACGCCUCCAGGCAGAGGAACAGCAGAAAGCUCCAGGAGAGAUGAUGGACCCCCGAGAAGCAGCCCAGGCAAUCUUCCCCUCCAUGGCAAGAGCUCUGCAGAAGUACCUUCGCACCACCCGCCAGCAACAGUACCACAGCAUGGAGAGUAUCUUGCAACACUUGUCCUUCUGCAUCACCAAUAACAUGACACCAAAGGUUUUCCUGGAGCGUUACCUCAACCCAGGCCCAACCCUCCAGUACGACAGGGAUCGCUGGUUCUCCAAGCAGUGGACGCUUGUCAGUGAGGAAGCGGUCACAAGCGGGUUACAAGACGGCGUUGUUUUUGUCCUCAAGUGCUUGGACUUCAGCCUUGUUGUUAAUGUGAAGAAAAUCCCCUUCAUCAAACUCUCGGAAGAGUUCAUAGACCCUAAAUCUCAUAAAUUUGUCCUCCGCUUACAGUCUGAAACUUCAGUCUAA